CCAUAAAGCCUCACAUAUAUGUAGACAGCCGCUAGUUGGCUAACGACAUCGACCGAAACCUACGGAACAGGAGCUUUUGUCGCCCGGGUUACUUCACCUGGCACACGCACUUAUUCAGCCUCAAGCCGGGGGUACAGAUAAUCCAAAAAUAAGACGUUCAGACUACGGGGGAGACGAAGUUUAUCGACGGACAGUGUAACGUUGACGCUCGGUGGAUCAGACCGCGAGCUAGCUUUGUUCCAACUCCACGCAUACGUAGUUUUAGCUCGCCAGCCAGCUAACUACGCUAACUCGAGAAGAAAGGCCGCCGAGUUGACCUAGCGUCGGUUAUUUAACAGGUAGAGGAUCAUCCUGGCAUAUCAAGGUUGCCCUUCACUGCUUGGAUCGGAAACCCGUCAAAUUAAAGAACAGAAUACCGAGAGAGGAUGGCUCUGAAAAGGAUCCACAAGGAGCUUAACGAUCUGGCCCGUGACCCUCCAGCACAGUGCUCAGCCGGCCCAGUGGGUGAUGACAUGUUUCACUGGCAAGCCACAAUCAUGGGACCUAGUGACAGUCCAUAUCAAGGAGGUGUUUUCUUCUUGACAAUUCAUUUUCCAACAGACUACCCCUUCAAACCACCCAAGGUUGCAUUUACAACAAGAAUUUACCACCCAAAUAUUAACAGUAACGGCAGUAUCUGUCUGGAUAUUCUCAGAUCACAGUGGUCUCCUGCACUUACUAUUUCUAAAGUUCUUCUCUCCAUUUGCUCACUCCUAUGUGACCCAAACCCCGAUGACCCACUAGUGCCAGAGAUCGCACGAAUCUACAAAACAGAUAGUCAGAAGUACAAUAAACUAGCUCAGGAGUGGACAACGAAGUAUGCCAUGCUUUAGGAUACACCAAAAUGGCAAAAGAAUGGACACAAAAGUACGCGAUGUGAUGGCACCGUUUGGAAAGCUGGUGGAAAAUGUUGUCAUUGGUUCAAACUUAAAAUUCCAGGAUUCUGUUUUUCUUUUUCACUUAAUUUUUUUUUUUUUUUUUUUUGUUAAUCAGAGCAUUUUACCCCCUCCCUUCUUUCUCCACCUGCGCGCUCAUAAGAAGAUAGUGUUUUCUCUCUAGGACACGUGCCAGUUUCUGUGAGGUUUCGACUCCUGUUUUGUAUGGAGUUAAAAAAAAAAAAAAAAAAAAAAAUCACCAUGGAACAUGAACACUCGACUUGAGCAUGCACCAGUAAGAGUUUCUCAACCCAAAAUUGGUGAUGUUAGUCAUUUACUCUGCACACACUUAGUAGAAUCUGAUGCGACUGGUCUCCUGAUGCUGAACAUAUCAACCCCAUAAUGAUCCAGCUGGUCAACUGGCAGGAUCCUGUGGGGUUGAUAUUUACUUUACUUUAGGCAGUUUUUUUUCUCAGAGCAUUUCUAGAGAAGCCCAUCUUUGUCAUACCCAUAAAUUCUGAAUUUUAAAGUGUCAGAUUGGCAAAAUUCUGUCUGCAUUUUAUUUGAAAGCAGUAAAAUCUGAAAUGCUGUUUUUUUUCCUCUGAGAGAUUUGGGAAACUGGUGAGUUGCUCCUGGACUGGUGUGGCGUCAGUAUGUUCUUCUGAUCAUUAGUAUAGGAAUUUAUUACCUGAGGAAAGAAGUGUAUCUUAUUCCACUAUCAAAGUGUGUGUACAGAGAAGCACAGCAGUAUAUAUCAAUGUUAUGGAAACAAAAUAUAAGAACUUCAAUGUUGUAUUUUAUGCAUGUUAAUAAAGGUAGGCUAUUAUAUCUGAUAUGUUUCUGCAAAUUAAGUGGAUUGUAAGGCUGAACAGUUGGAAAAAUUUGGUUCCCCUCAGAGGCUUCCUGUUUCUUUUUUUUGUUAUUUAGAAGCCAGUAGAUGAGCAGUUAGUUUUAUGCCCACUCGAACACUGUCUUCUUGUAGCCCUAAAAUAAUGAUGCAAAGCUAAUGGUUGAUAAUCAACUUGUGGCUCUGUUUCUUUUUAGUUUUCCCUUCAAUAAAGUUACUUAAACCAUAAAAUGAA